AACACACAGUGUGACGAUGUACAAAGACAACUGCAACAGAGCCAGGAGGACACAAAUUGCAUGCAGCAGCAGCUGCGUGAGAAGGAUGCCAACCUCAAACAGCUGCAGCAGCAGUUAGAACAGCAGAUCAGGGAGAACAGUUUAGUUCUGUUCAGCAGAGCAGAGUGCAGAGAAUUCACUGUGGUAUUACCCCCACCCAAAACAAAUGAUGCUUUUCUUUCUUUCUUCUCAGAUCUCCAAAACAGACUGAGUAAUGUGGAGGAUAAGACGAUCUAUGCCAGGCAGGUGAUCCUGGAUCCAAACACUGCACAACCGAGAAUAGCUCUUUCUGCAGAUAACACCAGUAUUUCUACUAGUGAGGAAAUACAAAACGUCCCCGACCAUCCAAGCCGGUUUGAUGUGGUUCCUGCUGUCCUUGGCACUAAUGGCUUCUCAACUGGCAGACAGUACUGGGAGGUGUCUGUUGCUGGGAAGCCUAGUUACCAACUUGGAAGGGCCAGUGAAUCUGCUCAAAGAAAGGGAUCGAUGGUGUUCAGUCCAACAAACGGUUUCUGGACGCUAGUCAUGAACAAACAGGGUCAGUUGAUAGCUGUCAAUAGGAAACCUUUUAUUAUUCCAUUUCAGACGCAACCUCUUACACUGGGAAUUCUGCUGGACCACAAGAAGGGACAGAUCUCAAUUUACAACGCUGGUGCCAGAUCUCAUAUGUACUCAUUUGUAGGUCAAAGGUUUACAGACAAAAUCUAUCCAUUUGUAAAUUACUGUGUUGAAGAUGUUGAAAGUCUGACGCCAAUAGUGUUACUGUGUCCUGGAUAAAAUAGAGAACAGGGCAAGUGAUCUUUUGUACGAUGUAAAAUCUUAGCCAUGUCUCUCAUUCACGGUAACCUUAGUAGGGAAAUAAAACAAUCCCUGCAACUGCAGAGUAGUUUUCCCACAUACUUCUGUUGUUACUGCUGCUAAAUUUUUCAGACAAUUUAACAACAAAUGUACAGUGAUGUAUUUUGUUUAUUUGUCUUAGGUUUUAAAAAGAAUUUGUCCUCUUGCCCAGGUGUUUCAAUCACUAGGCCCGGUUCUGAAAAAUGUACCCUAAGUUUAAUUUAAUCAAGCAAGUUAUUUAAUCUGUUUAUUUCAUGAGCACACCAUUGGAUAACUGGACAGCAGAGCUAUGAUUAAAGCAUUACACAAAAUGUUCUGAAAUUUUUUUAA